AUAAAUGAAAAUUUUUAAGCAAUGGCAACACUGUAAACGCAUGGUGGAAAUUCGAUGAAAAUGAAUUUCUGAUGAAAGAAACGUCAGUCAAGUCAAUCAAACGUGCGUGAAACGAAAGUUCAUUCGCCGGUGUCCGAAGAAGUCCGAAUAUUCUAGAUAAACCGAUAAACUGACUGAAAACCCAGCUUCAACUGUUUUUUAUUGAACAUCUAUUUUGUGAAGAACUAAGUAAUCGAAAUGUCUGGAGCUAUGAAAAGACUUAUUCCCCUUUUGGAUCGCGUCUUGAUCAAAAGAGCAGAAGCUGUAACCAAGACUGCUGGUGGCAUCGUCAUUCCAGAGAAAGCACAGUCGAAGGUAUUGCAUGGAGAAGUAGUUGCUGUAGGACCAGGAUCCAGAAAAGAAAAUGGCGAAUUCAUCCCAGUUCUAGUCAAAGUUGGAGACAAGGUUCUUCUACCAGAAUACGGCGGCACCAAAGUAUCGUUGGACAACGAUGAGAAGGAAUACCAUCUGUUCAGAGAAUCUGACAUUUUGGCCAAGAUCGACAACUGAACAUAACAUUACUGAAUAGUUUUAACUUGGAUGAUUCUGAUUUUAGUUACUAGAAGUUGUAGUGAAUGAACAUGAUGUGAUUGUGUAAUAAUUGGAUGCUGGGGCAUCGCGUUAUCUGUUGCAUUUCUUAUUAUAACAUUGUUAUUUAAAA